UCGCGCGGUCGAGCUCAGAUUCUCGGAUCGAUUUCUGGACUCUCCAGUCUCUCCAUUCACGUGAGACGACAAAAACCGAUCACAAAAACGAUCGAUUCCAACGGAAAAGAUAAGCUCAGAGAAAUCGUUAUUGGCAAAACUGACGCGAGAAAAAACUACGAAAUAUCAACAGUUGAGCGCGGCGCAGAGGAGGGGGAGGGGGAGAGCGAAGUCCGAGAGUCGCUCGAUAUUAUCGUUCGAUGUAUCGUACGAUGGCGUCGUCCGCCAUGUUGGCACGCGCGUACUAGUAGGGCAGAAUUACCGCCAAUUCUCUCUGUAACGUAACGUGCCGAGGGUGCCACGCCGCGACGCUCCUCUAUGCGAGAGACGAAAACUACGUUGAGUUUAGUGCACGGCAAGAAAAAAUUCUGUACAAUCGCGAAAGUCCGGGGAGGGGGGUCUCGUCUCGUCCCCUGCGACAUCUCCGACGGUGGUCGUCCUCGUCGUCGUCGUGGUGAUGCUGUCCUGAUUACGUCACUCCCCGCGCGUUACUAUGCCUGGCCACUAUUGCUGUGUAUGUGCGAGCAACGAGGGUGUUUUCCUGGAUAUCACGCCGGAUAAUCAGGAUGCGUUCGGCGAUCAGGUCGAAGCGUGCCUCUCCACCAAGAUCAACGACAUCAUUGAUCUGUCAAACAAGAUAUGUUACAAGUGCGCGUACGAGUUAGACCAUUGCACGAAAUUCGUGCAGAAGUAUAAGAAGUCUCACGGACCGGAAACAAAGAAGGUCAACCGUCAAAAGGCGUCGACGCCAUGCUGCUUCUUGUGUUACGAAUUAGUAAAGAGUGAUCGUAUCUUCGAUCUCGCAAAAGACAAUAACGUGUUAUUCAAUCCUUUACGGAAGAUUCGCAGCAUUUUCAAUGACGAGGUCUGUAAGAAUGGCGAAUCGAAGCUAAUAUGCCUGACGUGUCGAUACAACUUGGACGUGUUGUAUGAUUUAAAGAGAGUAUAUCAGGAAACAAUCAUCAAUUUAAAAGCUCUGAUUAAUAAAGAGAUAAACUAUUCAAAUAUUCCAAAGGUACACACAGAAGUUGUAAAUCGCAAAACGACUAUCACCACAUUUCCAGACGUUACAUUUUAUGGUUCAAUAAAUUCCGAUAGCGACAGUAACGAAGAAAGCAUGGCGCGUAGCAGCAAGCGACGCGGCAAGGGUCGCAGGAGCAGCGCGCAAACCAAAUUACAAGACGUCAAGUUGAAAGUUAGAAAUUGUGACAAGUGUCAUAGUACGGUUGCGAACGGUAUCGACAUGUACAGAUUUCAUCGCACGGGUUUAACCGUAUGUAAAAAUUGUUGGAUAACGAUGGAUCCGAAUGACAAACCGCAGCGUCGUAAGCGUCAGUCUAAUCUGGCGGAAACGAAAUUAUGCGCGGUUUUUUUGACGGACGUCAAGUUGACGGACAUCAAGGAAUUGUGUAAAGAGAAGACGCAUGAGGAGGAUAAGAGUAAGGACAGUACAUUGUAUGACAGUUCGCAGGACGAGACAAAAUCCUCCGGAAGUAGUCCUCGAAGUGUCUCUCCCAGGACGAAGAAUCACAUAGUUAACGGUAAAGCGAGACAAGGAAAAAAGCGACGAAUUGACGUGGAGAAACCGAAAGACGAUGACGUCGAGCGUACGCCCCCGAAGAUGACGAGAAUGAAUAGAGAGAGUGCGAAUGCGAGCGAGACGAAAUCGAUAACGGUAUCAGUCGAUUCGGGACCAUCCAGUAGUACUCAGUCUGUGAGAACACGAGGACACAAAAAGAAAAUAACUGCAGACAAAAGUUCGGAUUCGGACGGUUCUCUCAAGCAAAAGGAAACGCAUAAUAAUAUCAAAUUGAAUGACCAUGUAAAUAAGACGAGUAGUAAAAAAAGACAGAAAGUUGAAGAGAAAAGUUUGAAUAUACGUACAGACUCCAGCGACGAGACAUCCAAUGAAGAGAGUAUGAGUUUAAAGAGCAGGAUGAAAGGUAUGACACGCCUUCCAUCGUCUGCGUCUACGAAAAGUGAGAAAGAACGAAGCGCCGAGGUUAGGAUGAGGUCGUCUUCUAGAUCUAGUACCGAAAUGGCACCAUCGACGGAAUUUAAGAACCCGCAAUCUUCAACACAGUCGGAAACUAAAACAGAGUACACUUGUGAUUUGUGCAACAAGAAAUUCGACACAAAGUUGUCCAAUUCGCAACACAAAUUGACGCAUCUCAAGCAAGCCUCGUUAAAGCUGAAAAAGAUAACUGUUCCAAUUGUUAAAGAGAAGUCGGAAGCGGAAGUCAAUUUGCAAGACGACAAAAGUUCCAAAAAAGCGACGUCGCAUCGUUCCAAGAGAACUGCAUCCGACAGACACAUCAACGAUCCGUCGGAGGACAUCGCUAUCAAUAUCGAGGAUGAUACCGAUGACGAGGAGCUCGUUAGUUUAUCCAGAAGAAAAGAGAAAAUAGAACUGAGAAAAAAUGCAUGUGAUGAAGACAGUGACAAACCGGAUGUAUCAAAGAGUGAGUCGCGUGUAGAGAAAGAAUCUGCGGACGAUGGAAACUCUGAAACGAAAGAGUUUGAACAAUGCGAAGAAUCGACAGUCGUGACAGACGAAACGAUAAAUAUAGAAGACGAAGGUAGUAGAAAUAAAGAAGUAAGGGAUAAACGUACGACGAACGAAGAUGAGAUAUCGACAAGUAGGGACAAUGAUAAUUCCAAGAACAAAGACACGGAAACAACUGUUGCUGUAUCGGAGGAGAGAAAUGUAGAUAAGGCGGAUGAUAAAGAUAUAGAGAAUGAAACGGAAAGUUCUUUUGUAGAAAAAGAAAAGACUAUUAGUAAAUGCAAUAGCAGAGACAAUCUUCAGGAGGAAAUAACGCUGGAUAGAGAAACUAGUAGAUCUCCAAUUUUAUUAAUUCAUAAAAGAAGCAAAGAUAAUAAAAAUUAUAGUGAAAGUUGCAAGAAUAAUUUAGAAAAAAACUCAAAUGAUAACGAAGAGAUAAUAGAAGAGCCAGAGAUAAUACAAAACGAUUCAACAGAUGAGUCUUUGAAGAAAGAUACAAAAGCGUUAGAAGAAAACAUCCAAAAAGAUUUGCCGAAUAACGUAACGGAAGCGUUGAGCGACAGCAAAAGAGAUUCGGAUGAUGACAUAAUAAUAAACGAAGAUAUAAUAAUGAAUGAAGUAAAUGAAAUUGAGGAAUUAAAGGAAAAUCAACAAGAUAGGUCUAAUGAAGAAAGUAUGGAAGUCGAAAUGAUUGUGGACAAAUUUAGCAGUGUAGAAGACAUUGUUAAUGCAGAUAUUUCAAAUGGUGAAAGACAUGAUGAUAUACUAGAUGAUAAUGACGAAGCCGACGUCACGGUAGUAGUAAAUAGCGAUAGCUUUGACGACAAAGUGAAACAUAAAAUCACAGAUAAAACGAUCCUAACAGACGACUCGAAAGAGGAAAACCAAUUGGAUGAAGAAAUAAAGGAGCUUGAGGAAUUGGUUGAUGAUAAUAUAGUGAAUAACAAGCAUGAGGCACAUGAGAAUUUCACUUGUGUCUCGGACAACAACUCAGUGGAUGUGGCAACCGAGAUAUUGAAGGAAGUGUUUGAUCUCGCUGCUGCCGAGGUGCAGCAUCGAGAGGAUACUACUAACGUGAAGAACCUGACCGAAAUCGAAAUGGAGACGCUGGAGAACAUAUCACGCGAGAUACGAAAGAGCGCCGAUAUGCCGUCUUUAGAUCCGAUCAACAUGAUGGACAUAGAUGACGACAAUGACAUCACGUUGAACUAAUUGUGCCUGUGGCGAACAAUCACUAUUGUACAUUCUGUCCUAUUUUUUAUGCGAGAAAUUUUAUUUUCAUCGCGUAUCUAUUUGCAGUCACGUGGGAUGAACUAUAUUGAUUGAAAUCGAAAAAAGUCCCGUAUCGCUGGAUAUUUAUGGACGUAUAUAUUUUUUCGCAAACUUUUCAAUAAGCUGAAGUUUGUAAGGUAAUUCGCACUUCAUAUUCCUUAUAUUAGACGAAGAAAGUUGUAGAAACUGCAACAAUUAGGUGGUUCCGAGUCAAAUUUGCAAAAUUUUUGUUAACUUAUAUUGUUUAAGAAUAGCUUCGUUAAGUAUUAAAGAUAGUUGGAUAUUAUAGUAGCAUUGACUUCACAGUUUUUCAUAUGACAGAUAAACCAUAAAGCUAUGCUGUAGAAUUUUCUUGCAUUGAAUGCAAAAACAACUAAUUUGUUGUAAAAUUAAGACUUAAAAUUAAACUUGUGUUUUAAUUAUACAUAUAUAUAGUGUGAUAAUAUAUAUAUAUAUUAAGAUAAUAUAAUUUUAUAUAUAUAUAUAUUAAGAUACAGGACAAAUAUAGAUUAAUACUAUAAAGAUGUGUAUAAUAAUUUGUCAAAAAUCGAUGUAACACAUUUUGUUUAUAUACUGCAUGUAAUAACAAGUUUCUGUCGAUCAAGUUUUAGUAUAAAGGCGUGAAUAAUCGUAAGUAAUCACGUAAAUAAAUUAAAAAAAAUUUUGAAUGGAACUGUAAAAAGGUUUUGAAGAACAAAUGUUAACACUAAUUAUCAAUACUGUUAUAUAAUGAACACAAAAUUCUGUAAAGUUUUAAUGAUAAAUUGCAAAGUGUCAAUGUAGUAAUAAC